AUGUCUCAAAAAGUGUCUAGUCUUCCUUUAAAAAGAAAAUUAGAAAAGUAUGGGCAUUAUAAGGUAGUCAAUAAUCCAUUAUAUGAGGAUAAACAAUCAAUAAAGAUUAAAAAGAGAAGGAAAAGGUCAACUGAGAAUUUUCUAGGUAGAAUGUCAACAGGCGAUAUUAGUAUUACAGUGAAUGAUUGGAUUGAAUUGUUUUUAGAAGCAAUAAGAAUUGUGGGAGUUAAAAGCCGCAUGCCUUACUUGAAAGUAUUUGAGAAAAUGCUUAGUAAGUUAUCCAUGGAACUUGAAAUAGUGCAGAUAUGCUUUUUUUUUGAGAAUUUAUUUAAGAAACUUCAACCUAUUGAUAUAGCAGCAAUUCCUUUAAUAUUAGAAUGGUGUUUUGUUCUUCAUAACCAAUCAUUAAAUCUAACAAAAAAUCCAUUGAGAAAAUGCCUACAUCCAAAGAUACUACGAUAUGUUAUACAUGGUGUUGUUCGUAAUUCUAUCAGAAAUUGUUUAAUUUUGAUUUUGUCAAGUAAUAUUCAUCUUAAUUCACUAUAUUUGUUUCCAAAUAAUCACCUUAAAUAUUGGUUACAAGAAUUUGGACACUAUUUGAAUUAUUUGGAUUCUCCUAGCUUAGAAAGGUACAACUUAGAUCUUUGGAUAUUUGUCUAUUCAAUAAUGGAUGAAAUACAAAUAGAACACAGUAGGAAUUUAAAUAUUUGUUUAUUUGAUACUCUUUGCAUAUGUGACUAUGAAACAUGGAUUAUUGAUAAGGAAAAUUUUCAGACAAGCAUUAAAUGGUUUAGAAAAAGACAUGAUGUAAUGAGUACAACAAAAAUUGCAUUAAUAAUACUAUAUCAAUGUCGUACUUCCAAUCUAUUUUGUAACAUAUUUUUUGUCCAUUGUAUCUCUUUAUGGAGAUUCUUUCGCAAUCAUAUAAAUUUAUCUUUGGAUAAGAAAAAGACUAAUAAAAGGAUUCAUGAAGAUUGUCGCUGUUCAUUAUCAGCUAUUAAUACAAAUUUUCUUCCUUUAAUUAUGGCUACAACUUUACAAUGGAUUUUAUCUUCCUACAGUUUAAAUAAUAAUAAUAUUGAAGAUCUACUACAGUUGUACCAAGAAUCAACUGAUAUUCUUAAUACUCUAGUUGAAUUAUCAGAAUAUCAAUUCAGAGAGAAUAUAUUGGAUCAUUUAAAUUAUAUCAAAGAAUUGACUAUUCUUGACUCUAAUAUGUCUUGUUUUUCAAAUGAAUUUGACUAUAAACCAGGGGAUUCUAUCCUUGAAUAUUUUGAUACAUUUUCAAAGACAUUUGAUUCAAUUAUUUUAAAAAGUCCAAUGCAACUGAUUAUUGAAUCAUUAUUGAAAAUGUAUAAAAUUCAUAAUGAUGAUGAUGAAAUAGAUAAGAAAAGAGUUUGCCUAGUUUUAAUUUUUUUAAUCUUAUUAAAUCCAAGAACAGAAAAUUCAGUACUAUUGUGGGUAUUUGAGAGGAGUAUAGAAAUAUCCAAUGGGCAUUUUGAAUUGGGUAUAUACCUUGCUUCAUUAUUGAAGAAAAAUAUUUUUCCGUUAAAUGUUUCAAAGGCUGUGCAACUAAAUAUAUUAAAUUUCAGGUCUAUUCACCUGGUAAAUUCUCAACUUUUCCCAUAUCUACAACUUUUUUUGGUAAUAAAUAAUUUGAAAGUGGAAAAUAUACCAAAAUUUCGGGCAGUACAUAAGGUUCUUGAUCUUUGUGAAAAAACUCUUUACCAACACUUUGUACAUUUGGCCUUUGCAAAUGUUAAUAGUGGAAAUGACAUUAAAACUCCAAUUAAUAUAACAUUUACUAUAAUUUCUUUAUAUCUAAAGUUAUUAUUUUUUUUUAGUGAAAAUAUACAAGUUACAUCGGUAUUUUUACACUGGAGAAGCAAAUUUUUUGUAAGAAAGGGAAAUUUAAAGAAAGAUGUGUUUGCAAAUUCGAUAAGAAAGCUAAUUAAUACGUCACUGUUAGAUAUUGUGGAAAAGUUGACAAUAAGGAAUGAAGAAUAUGAUAAAGAGAAUGACAAGCAUUAUGAUGAUAUAGAAAUACUCGAAUAUAGGGAAAAUAAUAGAUACAUUUCUGAUUUUCCAAUAGUUAAAUCAAGAACUUUUUCUCAAGAACUCACUUUUGAAAGUAAUUUAAAACUUAGUAAUUUUGUUUGCAGUUGUAUUCCUCACAUAUUAGGUGUUAUAUACACUCCUUUAAUUCAACGUGGUCACAUGUCUUUAUACUCGUUUGAAUAUAUGAUACUACCAGAUUUAAGCGGAUUUGAUGAUUCAGAUACAUUUAACAAUAGAUAUUAUAUAUCCGCAAAAUUCGGUAUACACUUUUUACAAAAGAUAAUAGAAUAUUGUGGAAAGCAAAGUAUCUUUGAUCAGGAUGAAUUUACAGGACUUAUAAAUGUAGAAUCCAAUCUUUCUGAGCAAAAACAGGCUAAUACUCAAGUAAAUUGUAUAUUUCCAAUAAACCAAAUGCAUACUUGUGAAAUUUUAGGAAGAUGUUUCAUAUGUGACUUGUAUUCAUACAUGGAGUAUUUAGGAAUAAUGAAAACUAUAGAGAAAUCCAAAUCAUUUAACAUUUCAAAACCUUGGAUUAUACAUUUAUCAAUAUUAUCAUUAAUUUCCAUUCUAAAUGGAUAUUUUAAUAUAGAAGAGAUGCAAUAUUCUGAGCCAUCGAAAGUUCAAACUGUUUUUUCACUGACAUCUGUUAGACUAAGAAGUUCAAUUCAAGAAAUGUUACUUCAUUUUUCUUUUGAAGAUGUUUAUAUAUUAUUAUGGAAUGAGUUAUUGGAUGAUGAAAUUAUUAUAAAAGAGAUUUAUGAUAUACAAAGAAUUACAUUUAGAAGUCUGUUAAUUUAUUUAUUCGGCUCUUAUAUAAAUAAUCAGUCGACUAAUGGAAAUUUAGUCAACCAAAAAGAUGGAACAGGAUAUUAUUUCGGUUCUAUUCCAAUCUCAAGUUACAUUAUAGGUUUAUGUAGAUUAUUUUCACUACGUUUACAAUGUUUAGUGACAGAUACUAAAAGAAGUACCAUACCAAUACAUACUUCCUCAAUAUCCCCAACUAUAUCACGUAAUCGAUCUAAUACAUCUGAUGCUACACCUCCAAGAACAAAUUCUAAUAAGCGGCGUAUUACUCCAAUUAUUGUCACUUCAAGUCAAUCACCUAUAUCAAGUACAUCUCCAACUUCAAACUCACGACACUUCUUUUUGUCUAAUGGAAAUGAAAGGAGUGAGGAUCAAUAUUAUGAAGUACAAAAAAUAAGUGACUGCAAUACUAUUAUAUUUCAUGUCUCAACUUUACUAUCAGUUAUAGCUGAUACAUGUGAAAUUUAUUGCCAAAAUGACCACAAUCUUAUUGCUAAAGUGAGAGAUUUUAUUGAGGAGGCUUUAUUUCUACUUCUCCCAUCUAAUUCUUUGGGUAAAAAUCCUAUUUUUACAGUAGAGACAAAUUAUACAAACAACAUCAACUUUCAGAAUAACGGAUUUUAUUCACCUAAUAAAAAUGAACUCAAUACUAUAUCUGAACAAGAUGAAAAUAUUAGUGAAGCAGAUGAAAUAGCAAUAGAAGAUGAUAUUUCAAAUACUAACUCAUCUCAAAAUACACAUUUAUUUAAUAAAACUGAGAGAAGUCUGCAGGAAUCUAUUAAGAUACAAAAUACGAAAACUUUUAAUUCACAUCUAAGUUUUACUCUUCCACUACUAAAUACAAGAACGUCUCGUGAACAAUGGUAUGAAACUAUCUUAUUAAUUAUAUUACGUUCUACUAUGUAUAAUACACCACUUCAUGAUAUACCAUCUUUAAUUACUGAAAUAGCCUCAAGAACUGCAUUAUGGAACAAUUAUGAUAGCAAGAAAUUACUAUAUAAUACAAGUUUUGAAUUAAUUAAAUAUUGUACAGAUAUUUUGUAUGAUGAAUUACCUGAGAUAAGCUUAAGAUUACUACGCCAUUAUGGACCAUCAAUUCUUCCCUCUAUUCAAUUCAUAUUUGUAGCACUAUUGGAUAAAAAUUCACUAUUUAUUAAUAAACAACUUAAUGAAAUUCCUUUAAUUAAUAUUCACAGUGAAUUUGAGUGCUUUCACCACUUUAUAUCUGGUUUCUUGAAUCUUAUACAUAUUAUAGAAUCAAGUUUUGAGUUAGCUACAUCUAGUCCUGACAAUGAAACUGUACAAAAGGAUUAUAAAUGGAUUAAAUGUGUUAUAUGUUUACUAAAUAGAAGUAUUGAAGUGUUGCAGAUGGAGAUAUUUAGGUUGGAAAGAAUCCCAAUUCCCAUGUCUCUAGAGAAUCAGGAAAAUUUUGCUACCUAUCAAGGUGUACAAGAAGUUUCAAUUAAUUCUUAUUGGCAGGAUUUAUUGUUGGAAUGUAAUGAGAUGCUUAAAUAUUGUCAGACAAUAGAGAGUUGGAUAUUGAAGUAUUGGGAUAAUUGUGAAAUUAGUCAAUAUAAACUUAAGAGUUCUAAUAUACAAGAUAUUGGUGAUCUUGAUGAAUUUAUAACUUUUGAUGAAUGUGAAGAAGGAAUAUUACAGGAGAAUUUAUUUUUGGAUAAUGCAUCAUACAAUGACUGUAAACUAACUCCUCACUGGACUACCUUUAUUAAAUCAAUGUUUCUUUAG